AGGUCACUUUGACUGGCAGCAGAAGGCCCUUUGUGCACAGCUGCCCUCUGUGGCUAUGCGGGAGGUGGAGGAUUGAGGGGGCUUGGGCAGGUCCCCCUGGAUCUUGAGGGGCUGGCUUGUGCACAGCUGGACACUGGCAGCCUCAUUCUUGCUGCAUCUCGGGGUUCUCUUGGGGCCGAGGGAUGUAGCCUCUCCCUGGAGCUGUGCGGCUCAGUGUCCGGUGCUGCGUUAAUGGACAUGGAGUGGGGAGUUCCCACCAUGGCAGUGACGGGAGGAGACGGGAUGUCGUGUCAGCCUGGCCCAUUGCAGCUCACCAGCACUGGCAGCUUCGGAGCCUGCCCGUUGGAUAGCUAUUCAGAGCCGGCAGCUGCCUCCACCACCACGCUGAGCAAAACAGGCGUCUUGUGUGUGGCAGUCACUGCACUGCAGCCUGCCUCUCCUGGCUCCUUCGGGGACCCCCGCCCGUGAGAGCCUCCUCUUCUCACAGGAAUAUCCGGGCUGCAGUAUCCACAUGUCCGCUUGAGGGGGUGCCUCUGCUUUUCCUCCCUGACUCAAAUACAGCCUUUGCAGAAGGGUCUGGCACUGAUAACCCCGCUGGAGGGGCUCUGGGAUGGGCAGUGUCCAGCCCUGGACUCAGGCCAGGAAGCACUGCUAGGCCAAGGGACCAGUGACCGUGUGAAGGUUGGACGGCAGGGCUGGUAGCGAUGGUUUAUCUGCCUGAGAACCUUCGGAAGGGGAUUCCUGGGGAGGCUGCUAUCUAGCUGUAGUGGCUUGCCAGAUAUCGGACCAUAAUGCUGCUGAUCGGAUUCUCAUGCUCUUCACUUCCUCCUUCAGUCAUCACUUGAUGUUGUCAGCCACGCUCUCAAGAACAUGUAGAGCUAGAAGUGACCGUGUUCUGCCUCCUGCAGCUCUAGCAGUCUGUGGCAGAUCAGCUGCUGAAGCCCUGUUGUGCUUGCUGUAGGAGAGAAGCCAGGUGGCCAUGGGAAGGACGUGAUCUGCAUGACCUAAAUUACCGUACUAACCAGAGCUGAAAGCAUGUGGUGGGACUGGUGUGCGGAUACCUCCGGAGCAGUACGUGGGUCUUGAGCAGGCAGUUCAGUUCCUUUUUGUCUCUGUUACCUGGGACUGGGUAACUAACGGAUACGGGAAUUAGCAUCACUGGUGCCUGAAUGGUGCUGGUCUGGGGAGAGGUUCCUGCAGCAUCAGCAGUCCCUGAAGGGUUAACUAUGUUUGAGCUAGACCAUUACAGCUGGAUUCUUUGACCCAGCUUCUCCAGACUCAGACGGGCUUUGAAAAGCACUUUUCAAGUGGGAGGUGUCACCAAGUGCCUUCUGCAGAGUUCAAGGAGUGGAGACACGGUGUGGUGUUGCUGUGACAGCCAGCCAGGGGUGGUUGGUGGUGACAGAUGUGGAUGGAUUGAAUAAUUCACCUUUUCACCCAGAGAUCUUUGAGCUCUUUGCAGAGGCGGGCUCUCCUUUCACAGCCCGUUGCUGAGUUUCCAGGAUGCAGGCCCAGUCUGUGCUCCACAGUGGCUACUUCCACCCUGUGCUGCGCUCCUGGCAGACCUCGGCCACGGCCUUCGAUGCCUCUAACCUCAUCUACCCCAUCUUUGUCACUGACAGCCCCGACGCAGUGGAGCCAAUCGCCAGCCUCCCCGGACAGGCCAGGUAUGGAGUCAACAAGCUGGAGGGGAUGCUCCGCCCCCUAGUGGACGAGGGGCUGAAGUGCGUGUUGAUCUUUGGCGUCCCCACUAAAGUCCGCAAGGAUGAAAGGGGCUCGGCUGCCGACGCUGAGAACACCCCAGCCAUCCAGGCCAUAAAGAAGAUCUGUUCCUCCUUCCCAGAGCUACUGAUUGCCUGUGACGUCUGCCUGUGCCCCUAUACCUCUCACGGGCACUGUGGGAUCCUGCGGAAGGAUGGCACCAUCCAGAACGAGGCCAGCUGCCAGCGGCUGGCAGAGGUGUCACUAGCCUAUGCUAAGGCAGGAUGCCACAUCGUGGCCCCCUCGGACAUGAUGGACGGACGCAUCGCAGCCAUGAAAGAGGCUCUGAUCUCCAAUAACAUGGGCAACAAGGUCUCUGUGAUGAGCUACAGCGCCAAGUUUGCUUCCUGUUUCUAUGGCCCUUUCAGAGACGCUGCACUGUCCAAACCUGCAUUCGGAGACCGACGAUGUUACCAGCUUCCCCCAGGCGCCCGCGGCCUGGCCCUGCGAGCUGUGGACCGGGAUGUGCGGGAGGGAGCAGACGUGCUGAUGGUGAAGCCGGGGAUGCCCUACCUCGACCUCGUGAGAGAUGUCAAGGCCAAACAUCCCACCCACCCGCUGGCUGUUUACCACGUGUCGGGGGAGUUUGCCAUGCUGUGGCACGGAGCACAGGCAGGGGCCUUUAGCCUAAAGACUGCUGUCAUGGAAGUGAUGACCGGGUUCAGGCGAGCAGGAGCUGAUAUCAUCAUUACCUACUAUGUGCCCCAGCUCCUGAAGUGGCUGAAGGAGGAACAGGCGUGAAGUGCCUGAGUGAAGACAACACGCAGAAGGAAACCUGCGAGGACCGGAAAGGACUGAAAUGCAAAAUGAGGAUUUUUAUGGGGCCUUAGAGAUACAAGGCUGAAUGCAGCCCCAGCGUAAGCCGGUCCAGCACCACUGGCGGCAGGGGUGCUGCACCUGCCUACACUAAAGCUGACUUUAGCCCAAAGAAGGCAAAGGAAAGCAAUUUUUUAAAAGUGUUAUUUUAGAACUGGGCUUAAUGCUGAGACCCUCCCCUGGCAGCAAAAUGCCUUAGGACCAGAACUGAUCUCCCCAGGGACCCACCUUGGAGAGGCACCUUCUUAACGUGGUCGUUUAUUUUAAUGUGUCGCUGUGUGACACCAGAUGGGCAAUUUUUGAGAUUCUUCAUAAAGGAAGUGCCCAUUCCUGACCACUCCUCUACCCCAGUGUCCUUCUCAGUGUAUCCUGGGUGUUGGUAACACAGUGAAGGCUGAUGUGGGGCAGUUCACCUGCACAUUGGUCACAGGAGUGCUAGUUCAUUGGGGGUGUCUCAAGUGUUCACUGCAGACGUUCUCCCUGCAGUACACUAGUGAAAUAAUUCCUUUUCUGCAGCCCACAGCAGAGCUUUGCUCUCACCUGGUUGGGCUUUCUGCACCGAAACACUGUCUGGUUCACAACCAUGGAAGCAGCGACGAGUGGCCAGAGGCAGUGCUGGUCAGGCAGACACUGCACUGACACUCUAACACGUUCCUCUUGUGAACACGCUGUUUCAAACUUUUUAAUAUGGAGAAAUACCCCAAGAUGCUUCAGAGCCCUUAGGGAGGAGGGGGUUCCCCUCCACACAUGCUUGUGCCUUAAACCUGUUGUCAUUGCGUGGAAUAGGGAAUGUUGACCUCGUUCUGAGCUGUGGCCCUGCUGUCUUGAGGGCAACAGGGCAUGUGGGGCUAGGAAGUGACCUCAAGGGCCUCAGAAGUUAAUGUCCCGAUUGCUAAUGGGCUAUUGCACGUUCUGCCUAACAUUACUAGGGGUACUCUUAGCCCUGAGCACCCAGAAGACCAGCUCCUAGCACUCACAUUGGCUCUGUCAACUCGCAGUUCAGCUCUGGCCUUUGAUUCCCUAAAUGCUGUCACUUUAUCCAGAAGUAUUGUCAAAAGAAUCUUUCUCUCAAAACCGAGAGCACUAGAAAUGUUUCCCUAUUUUAAAAAUUCCAAUAAAAAUAAUUGUUUUAACCCACCGCUUGUUCCUGUGCCCUGUUUCAAACCCAGCCCUGCAGCAGGCAGAACCAGGCAGUGAAAGUCGCCCGACUGGCUCUGCUGUCCAGUGCACGCUUUAGAAUUACUUUGCCCUAACUGUCCAAUGUGGCGUUAGUAACACAGCUGAGUACUUUAAUUUGUAGCGUGGUUCUUAACUUGGUCAUACUAUUAUGAAGUCUAGAUGUUUUAGAUUAAUUGCUAGAGCUACUCUGCUUUGUUAGUCUCUAGCAGCAGUGUCUGAUAUUCAAUGCCUGGAGUGAGUUCAGCUGAAAAUU